GUCCUCGUCCUCUGUCGCCAUGCCUACCUGCGCGGAGCUCCUGGACCGAGCCGAGCUGGAUGUUAGUGCGGGAUCCGGCUGACUGCAGGACGCCACGACACACCUCUGGACUCCGCGGGUUUUCUGUCGUCGCUGAGCGGAGGAGCACCGCGGGGAGCAGGAUUGAUCUGGGGGGCUGUGCCAUGACCUUUGACCUGUAGCUGGCCAGCCCUUUGUGUUUGUGUGAAGCGGACGGUGCACGAUGAGGAGCAGCCCUGUCGCCUGGCCUCUGGGUGUGCUCGCAGCUCUGCUGCUGUCUCAGCUCUGCUCCGGCAUCAAAUGGCUAACUUUAUCAAACAGUCCCGUCGCUCUGCACUUCAACCACACGCAGAACUGUAAGCUGCUGCCCAACCUGGUGCCCACCCAAACCCAGGUGUGCCGCGCCCACCCAGAGUCCGUGAAGAUCAUCGUCCAAGCCGCUCGUGAAGUCAAGACAACCUGCCAGAAGACGUUCGCCGACAUGCGCUGGAACUGCUCCUCCAUCGAAAUUCCUGUUGAAACCCCCAAGUAUCGUCCCGACCUGGACAGAGGAACGAGAGAGGCUGCGUUUGUGUACGCCCUGUCGACCGCAACCCUCAUUCACACAAUAUCUAAAGCGUGUGCCGCUGGAGACCUGAAGAUGUGUGGAUGUGCAAACCGUCCUUCAGACGCCCCAGAUCCUGACUUUCGCUGGGGCGGCUGUGGCGACAACAUCAACUUCGGUAGUCCUUUGGCCUCCAGGUUUGUUGAUGCUCCGAUGAAGAUGAAACGCUCCAGCUCCCAUGCCAACAAACUGAUGCAUCUACACAACAGUGAUGUUGGGAGACAGGCAGUGAGAAAGGCCCUGGUGUUAAAAUGUAAGUGCCACGGUGUUUCUGGAUCCUGCUCCGUAAGAACCUGCUGGAGGGGCCUCCAAGACCUCAAAGAGAUCGCCAUGGACCUUAAGACCAGGUACCUGUCUGCCACCAAGGUGGUUCAUCGACCAAUGGGCACACGCAAGCAGCUCGUCCCCAAAGACAUCGACAUCAGGCCGGUGAGGGAAAGUGAACUGGUCUACUUGCACAGCUCCCCGGACUUCUGCAGCAAGAACGAAAAACUGGGUUCUGUUGGCACGCAGGACAGGUGA